AUGAUGCAAAACUUCUACAUUAAAUCUGUCGUUUGGGAUUUGACUUUCAAUUUGGAGAGCGACAUCACGCUUGAGAUAGGCUAUGGAGGCGCAGCCUUCCGUAUCUGCUACAAUGCACGCACCCUCGCCGCCUCACCAUAUGCCCUGGAACAGCAUCACGAGUUAUACCGAAUUCUAUAUAAGGAUGAUCCGGAUGGAGGAUCCUGGCAAGCGGUGGAACGACUCCGAAAACCAUUUGAAGAACUUAUGACCCAGAUGGCCCCAAAUCCACCAAUUGAGUUAACACGGUAUCUACACAGUUAUCUUUACCCGCCGUGGUUUAUUCUCGAAGCAGGAGUAGCUGAGAGCGGGCGCGUUCAGCCAUAUUUCAAGGCGGCCCUCUCGCGACAGGAGUUCGGACGUCCGGGUGAAUAUGUGAACAACGACUUCCUUCAACCGCAUUUGUCUCCGCUGCUUGACUCGAAGCUUAACAAGUACUCAUCUCAUCAUGUACAAGUCCUGGCUCAGACAUCGCAGCUAGUUCCAUCUAGGGUCCUUGUCGACGGCACUAUCUACUUCUUCAAGACUUGGAUAUCAGGUCGGGUGCAUGGAUACCACGAGCUACAGUUAUAUAGGAAGAUCCUAGCGAAUACCGAGGCAAGCCCGCCCCUUCUCGCUGGCCCACGCAUCUGUCGCCUUCACGGUCUAAUUAUCGACGAUGACGAUGAUGUCCUCCAACACUAUCCGCUUGAUAGCGACGAGGAAAAUCAUUCCGGGACACGUUUGGUCGGACUACUUCUCACGUGCAUCGAGAAUCGAGGCACUUUGAAGGAUUUGGCGCCUUGGUCGGACGACUGUACAAAUGAGGAUCGGCUUCGCUGGUCUGGGCAAAUACACCAUUCGGUCGAAUGUUUGCAUAACGCAGGUGUAAUUUGGGGAGACGCUAAGCCCGAGAACGUCUUGAUUGAUAUGGAGGGCGAUGCCUGGCUCAUUGAUUUUGGCGGUAGUUAUACCCCGGGCUGGGUUGACGAGGAUAAGCGGGAGACUGUGGAAGGAGACCGACAGGGUGUGCAAAGGAUUGAUGAUUGGCUCACCAGAUGGUCCCGCCAGCCGGUUACUCGUAUCAAGCGGAGUGGUGAAGGGGGUGGGGAAGGAGGAGUGUGA